AUGAGCUCCACCCAUCAAAUCAGAGAGCGCCUACACUAUCUAGUCAAGAAUAGCCCCUCAACUCUAUCGGCACGUCAGGACUUCUCACUCGCAUGCAACUUGACGUACAUUCUCCAGAAAUUUUGCAAACCUGUCGACGUCGAUGAUAUCAAUCUCGUUCUAAUUCAAGCGUCCUCUACUUCCGGCGCCUACGCAUACGCAUAUGAACUUACGAUCGGAGAACAGUUUGUGUUUGGUGAUACUCUCGUAUCGACCAAGGAAAAGGCCAUGGUUGCGCUGAAAGAAGCUAGUGAGAUCAGGAUUUUUAACCAUUUGGAUCUUAUGAAGAGGGAAGAAACGUCUAGUGAGACAGGACGGAGUCCUGCGGGAUCUAUCGAAUUAUAA